AUGGCGUCAUCAAAUAAAUCAUCAUGUAGGGCCUCUGAUAAGCCCCUGAUUGAUAUUGCAAACGACCAUGGAGAAGAUUAUGCAGCUUAUAAGGACCUUCGCUCCCUUAAACGAUCCCAAAACCGCAUCUCCAAACGAUCCGCGAAAUACUAUGGUUUCCGUGGUGUUGACCCAAACUGGAUAGGACAACCAUACGAUCCUGUCUGGCGGUCUUCUGUGACUCUUUGGAAUAAUAGUCUUCCAAUUUCCAGGCUAGACGCACGACCUCGCGUCUAUACAAAGAGGGAUAUGUGGGAAGACAGAGAUUUCAAUAUUUGGCCUCUAGACCGCCGUCACCAUAUGGGGAAGAAGAAACGUGAGAAGCGGUCGUGGAAAUACCAAGAAAGAGCAUUGGGGAGGGGCACCAAGUUAAGAGGCAAAAUGACGGCCUUCGCUUCGGACGAUAUUUCUUAUCUGGAUGAUAUCGAUUCAGUCUAUGACUUCAGCGAGGAGCGUGAUUACAUGUUUCCUGUUUACCCAGGCUUUGAGGAUGAUCUGUGGAGUAUUCCGGAGUGUUUCCCACGCGAUGACACCGCACAGCAGGAUCCUGAUAUCCCGGAUUGUGAUCUGGUCGAUGGCUUCGUCAUCCUUCACGAUUCGCUAUGGGCAUACGACAAAGACGAGGAUUAUUUCGUUAUUGAGAGACGGGAUUUCGAUGUGAUAUCCAUCUCAUCUGCAGAUUCUGUUUGGGGUCUUGUCUGCCGUUCUUGA